AUGCCGAACGAUCCUCACGCCGACCCUCUCGAACCCGUCGCCCACGGAGAAGGAGAAAUGCCGACAUCAACGCCAGAUCGUUACUGGCGCCUGUUCAACGACUUAGGGAUGCCACCCCCAUUAUCCACGGUCGACCCUCCAGCCGUACUGCCCGAGGCGUUCCUCGCCCUCGUCAAGCAAGUGCAGGGAAUGAUGGAGAUAAUGCAGACCGUUGUCCCACUCAUCCCCGAAAUCAGGCGACUAACGGAUGCCUCCGCCGACCCAGCUCAUCUGAGGCCGAGCACGGGACUGGAUGCAACCGGUGAGACCCGGGACAGGGCCAUCCACCGCGAGGGUUCGCCCACACGCGCCUCUCCUGCACCCUCCCGAGCCGCACGGCGUCGCCCCGAGCCUAACACCGUAUCGUCCGACUCGGCGGACAGCUUCCUUAAGGUACAAUUCUCCCAGGUCAAUCGCCGCCUGGACGAGUUCCGACGCGAGCUCCAAAAAACGCGGGAUGAAUCAAGCGAGGGCACCUCGGGGGGAUCCCCUUUCGUUCAGGAAAUACAAGAAAAACCCGUCCCCCUCAACUUCAGGGUGUCGGCCCUCGAAACGUACGACGGCGGCUCCGACCCAGCAGAGCAUGUCGCCGCGUUCAGAACUCAGAUGGCCCUUUACGGCACGUCCGACGCGCUAAUGUGUCGUACGUUUCCGACCACCUUCAGAGGACCAGCACGCGCAUGGUUCAGCCGGCUGCGACAAUCCUCGAUCGCAUCUUUUGACCAGUUCGCCAAAGAAUUCGAACAAAACUUCCUUACCAGCGCGCGGCCUUGCCCUUUCAUAACCGCUCUGCUAGCACUAUCGCAGCACGAAGAAGAAACGCUCGCGCAGUUCGUGACACGCUUUGCCGCGGAGAUCCGCGGCUAUUCGGACACUCACCCCUCUUUGAUCAUGCAGGCGUUCCUAACGGGGCUGAAACCCUCGAGGUUCUUCUGGUCACUAAUCGAGAAGCCGCCCGCCACUGUCCCGGAGAUGCUUCACCGGGCCAGCCAAUACGUCGUCGGCGAAGCAUUAGCGGCUGGAAGACGCCCGGUCGGGAAGAAAUCGCGAACCGAGCAACCCCGAACCGUCACCUCGUCGACCGACCCGCGACCCCAUCGGAGGCUCGACCACCCUGAGCAGCGCCUCCCGAGGCCUCCGCCCCUCCCACUCAACACGCCUCGUACCGAGAUCUUCCUCCAAAUCAGGGAAAAAGGUCUUCUGCGGCCCCCUAAUCCCAUGAGAGCUACUUACAAAAAUCGGUCGAAAUACUGCAGGUUCCACCGAGACCACGGCCAUGACACCGAGGACUGUCACGACCUCCAGAACCAGAUCGAGGAGCUGAUCAGAAGAGGGUACCUCGGCCGCUAUCUCAAGGAACCCCGAGAAGCAACCCCGCGUCCCCGGAUGCCCGUGGAAAGGCAGGUCGAUGUCAUCAUCGGUGGACCAGCGGCAGGCGGCAGCAGCUCAAGCGCAAGGAAAUCCUACGCCCGGAGCUCGGUCGAGAAGCGCCCCCGACCCGAACUGGAACCCGAAAUCUCUUUUGGGGCCGAGGAAGGGGAAAGGUCCCAUCAUGACGACGCUCUGGUAAUUUCUAUCCAGAUCGCCAACGCUCGGGUGAAGCGGGUGAUGGUCGACACUGGAAGCUCCGCCGACAUCAUGUACCUCGACGCCUUCAAAGGGCUCGGCCUGCUCACUGAAGACCUCAUCCCCAUGAGCUCGGCGCUCACGGGAUUCACCGGCGACUCAAUCUCCCCGCUCGGCACCACCACACUCCCUGUCUCCAUUGGGGAGGAGCCAAGAACCAAGACAAUAAUGACUACGUUCAUGGUGGUCAACCUGCCCUUGGCCUACAACGUCAUCCUCGGGUGCCCGACGCUCAACAAACUAAAAGCAGUAGUCUCAACCUACCACCGAGCCGUCAAGUUUCCCACCUCGGCGGGGGUUGGAGAAUCGCGAAGCGACCCAGGCGAGUUAAGAAGGUGCUACCUCACCGCGGUUUCACUCCCGAAAAGGGCGUGCCCCCAUAUCCCGGACCCACGAGAAGAGGCCCCCAUGUCAACACACCUUGAACCGCCCGAACGGCUUACCGAGGUACCGAUAAAGGGAGACCGGCCCGGUCAGACCGUGAAAAUCGGCACAGCUCAGCCCGAAGGAAACCAGCUCCAGCUCGUCGAGUUCCUAAAAGCAAACGCCGAUGUAUUCGCAUGGUCGCCCAAGGAAAUGCCAGGGAUCGAUCGGACGGUAGCCGAACACCAGCUUAACGUCGAUCCCGAAGCCAGGCCAGUAAAGCAAAGACCACGCAGGUUCGCCCUCGACCGGCAGAAGGCGAUCAGCGAAGAGAUCGACCGGUUGACAGAGGCCGGAUUCAUUUCCGAAGUAAAGUACCCCCAGUGGCUGUCAAAUGUAGUCCUCGUUAAAAAACCUAACGGAAGCUGGCGGAUGUGCGUUGACUACACCAAUCUCAACCGGGCGUGCCCCAAGGACUACUACCCACUCCCGAGAAUAGAUCAGCUAGUCGACGCCACCUCCGGCUACGAACUCCUUACCUUCUUGGACGCAUACUCGGGCUAUAACCAAAUCCGCAUGGCACCGGCGGACCAGGAGAAUACAGCUUUCAUCACCGACAGAGGAAUAUAUUGCUACAAGGUGAUGUCGUUCGGCUUAAAGAACGCUGGGGCGACCUACCAGAGGAUGGUCAACAGGUUGUUCAGACGACAGAUCGGCAGGAAUAUGGAAAUAUAUGUGGACGACAUGAUCGUAAAAAGCAAAACCGCGGGGGCGCACCUGGCCGACUUGGCAGAAACUUUUCAGACCCUCAAACGAUUCCAUAUGCGUUUGAACCCCGCGAAGUGCGUCUUCGGGGUUAGCUCGGGAAGAUUCCUUGGCUUCGUCAUCCACCAGAGGGGAAUAGACGCCAACCCGGAGAAGGUACGAGCCAUAACCCGGAUGCACUCACCCCGAUCCGUCAAAGAAGUACAGUGUCUCACAGGGAAACUGGCGGCACUCAGUAGAUUCAUAUCCAGGUCGGGCGACAGGUGCCUGCCUUUCUUCCAGGCCCUACAACAAGUCAACAACUUCACCUGGACACCCGAGCGCGAGGAAGCUUUUAAAAACCUGAAGGAAUACCUUGCCUGCUUGCCCCGACUCGCUUCCCCUGAACCAGGAGAAACCUUGAGCCUUUACUUGGCGACGUCAGCACGGGCGGUUAGCUCGGUGCUAGUCCGAGAAACACCGCCGCAGCAGCAGCCCAUAUAUUACGUCAGCCACGUCCUCGCCGGGGCCGAGGCGCGGUACCCCCCCAUCGAAAGGCUAGCCUUAGCGUUGGUGAAGACAGCGUGA